AUGCCAUUCCAGUUAUAUUUCAAUCCAAUGAAUAUUAAGAAAAUUAAUAUUGUCAAUGGAGAAGAAAUUGAUUGUUCCAAAGAAACAAUGAAAUAUGUAAUGAAUAGAUAUUCAUUAUUUGAUAAAAUUAGAAGUGCAACAACAUUUAUGCUUUUACUUCUUGAUCCUGAUUGGUGUUUGUUUAUCUUUUCAUUAAAUACUCUAAAAAAGAAAUUCAUUAAUUAG